CUUCUUUAUCAUCACCAAUGGCGGACCAAGCACCAGCCGGUGAUCGUGGCGGUUUUCGCGGUGGCUUCGGGUCAGGAGGGCGUGGCAGGGGCCGCGGUCGUGGUCGCGGCCGUGGGCGUGGUAGGGGCCGUGGAAAGCCCGACGACAAGGAAUGGGUUCCAGUAACGAAACUGGGCAGACUUGUCAAGGACCUCAAGAUAAAGUCUCUUGAGGAGAUCUACUUGUUCUCCCUGCCAAUUAAGGAAGCUGAAAUCAUCGAUUUCUUCCUUGGAACUGCCUUGAAGGAUGAGGUACUCAAGAUUAUGCCCGUACAGAAACAGACCCGAGCUGGACAGCGAACCCGAUUCAAGGCAUUCGUUGCGAUCGGAGAUCACAACGGACAUAUAGGUCUUGGUGUGAAGUGUUCUAAAGAGGUGGCUACGGCCAUCCGAGGGGCCAUUAUCUUGGCCAAGUUGUCGGUCAUCCCAGUACGAAGAGGCUAUUGGGGAAACAAGAUCGGCAAGCCCCACACCGUACCCUGCAAGGUGACAGGAAAGUGUGGUAGUGUCCUGGUGCGGUUGAUCCCUGCGCCCCGUGGGACCGGUAUCGUCAGUGCACCGGUGCCCAAGAAACUGCUUCAUAUGGCUGGUAUAGAGGACUGUUAUACCAGUGCCUGCGGCUCAACGUCAACCCUUGGAAACUUCGCAAAGGCAACAUUCCAAGCGGUAUCGAAGACUUACAGCUACCUGACACCAGACAUGUGGAAGGAGACUGUCUUCGUCAAGUCACCGUUCCAAGAGUUCACUGAUCACUUGUCAAAGACCUACAAGCCUGUGCAGCCAGCUGCGGCUCCACAGCAAGCAUUCUAAACCCAGGCGACGAUGUUCCCUGGUCUAGCGCUACGGCCUAGUUUUUCGGGACAAGACGUCCCAGGCCACUAUGACUGCAGUCAGGUUGAGGAAGCCUGCCUGCUGUUUUCAUUUUAUAUCAUAAUUAUAUCUAAAAUUUCUCACAAACCCGGACUGUUCUCCUCAUACACUUUUCUUUUUAAUGAAAGAAGGCCCAUUGGCUGCAUUGGUUUGAGAAAUAUCCUAUUUCGUUGAUGCGUAAAAACUAUAAAAAAAGUGCUACUUACUAGAGAAUACAAUUAAAGUCUCUGAUGUACAGGCUUGUUUGUUGAGGUUGCUGUGCACUGUCAAGUAUGCUAUAAGAGGCAAGAAUGGUUCGCUGCAAGAGGCACUCAUGGUCAGCUGCACGAGGCACGCAUGGUAAGCUGCACAAGGCAAGCGGGAUCACUUGCACAAGGCAAGCAGGAUACGCUGCACAAGGCAAGCGGGAUCACUUGCACAAGGCAAGCAGGAUACGCUGCACAAGGCAAGCGGGAUCACUUGCACUAGGCACGCAUGAUCUGCUGCACAAGGCAUGCGGUAUACGCUGCACAAGGCACGCUAGAUACGCUGCAAGAUGUACGCGGGAUACGCUGCAAGAUGUACGCAUGAUGCGCUGCAAGAGAUGGCUGAGACAGUGGCAUAAGCAGCUAAAGCAACAAGUCGUACUGAGGAUUCUGCAGUUGGCUCCUUUAGCCAGCAGUACUUAUUUAACUGAAUUUGCAACAAACAAAUGCAUCCUAUUUUAAAAAGCUACAUCAAAAUGGUGAACAAAAAAGUGCAACAUGACUCUCUGGAGAUAAAAUUAUAGAUAUGAUUAUACACUUGUUAGUUCCAUAAAGAAACACAAUUCCUUGAGUAACUUUUGAGUGUUUUAAAGCAAGUCAUUAAUGUAAAAUCCAACCAGCUUACAAGCCCUUCAACUGAAUUGCUUUCAAUUAGAUAGUGGUUGCCUCAAAGCAGGCAUGCAACUGAAAAAGUAAAUAAAAAGAAAAUCCAAUA